AGUUUCGUUACAUUCUUCCCUUCUGUUCCUGUUUACUUAGCUCACCUCGCACUCCUCGGUCCUAUAAUCCUAUUCCAGUUUAUACAUAAAACACAAAUAUUCUCGAAUCUCAUCUUCAGUCAACCUUACAAAAAAUGGAGAUUAUCGGAGAAAAAGCAGUUGUAUCAUCAUCAGAAAAUGGUAAAUCCGAGACAGAAACGCCGGAGAGCAGCUCCAAGGACGGUUCCAUAUGUGGGUUCGAUUCCCUCCAUCACCUCCUCCAGGAGUCCCUUAGCCCUCCGCUUUUCCAGGAGGUGAGUCGUCUGCUUCUCGGUCUGAAUUGUGGAAAAUCACUUGAAACCAUUGCUCUCCCGGAGCCUGCAAGAGCUCUUUCUUCAAAACAUGAUUUUGAUCUCCAGGCAUAUUCUUUUCGUGCUGACAAGGAGUCACUCAGAGGACCUCGAUUAGUAAGGGUUGGUCUUGUUCAAAAUGGUAUUACUCUACCGACAACUGCACCCUUCUCAGACCAGAAGAGGGCUAUUUUUCAGAAAUUGACACCCAUCAUUGAGGCUGCAGGUGCUUCAGGGGUUAACAUAAUAUGUUUGCAAGAGGCAUGGAUGAUGCCCUUUGCCUUUUGUACUCGUGAGAAGAGAUGGUGCGAAUUUGCUGAGCCAAUUGAUGGGGAAUCAACAGAAUUUCUUCAGGAAUUUGCGCGUAAAUAUAACAUGGUCAUAAUAAAUCCAAUUCUUGAGAGGGAUAUAAAACAUGGGGAGACCCUUUGGAACACUGCUGUGAUAAUUGGAAAUCAUGGUAACAUAAUUGGGAAGCAUCGGAAGAAUCAUAUACCUAGAGUAGGGGACUUCAAUGAGAGUACAUAUUACAUGGAAGGAAACACUGGACAUCCUGUUUUUGAGACAGCUUAUGGAAAGAUUGCUAUUAAUAUUUGUUAUGGAAGGCACCAUCCACUUAAUUGGUUAGCUUUUGGCUUAAAUGGGGCAGAGAUUGUCUUCAAUCCAUCUGCUACUGUGGGUGAACUCAGUGAACCUAUGUGGCCUAUUGAGGCUCGUAAUGCAGCAAUAGCAAAUAGUUACUUUGUGGGUUCAAUUAAUCGUGUUGGAACUGAGGUCUUCCCCAAUCCGUUCACAUCAGGAGAUGGAAAGCCACAACAUGCAGAUUUCGGGCAUUUUUAUGGUUCCAGUCAUUUUUCCGCUCCAGAUGCUUCGUGUACGCCUUCUUUAUCACGCUACAAGGAUGGGUUGAUGGUAUCAGACUUGGAUCUGAACUUGUGUAGACAACUGAAGGACAAGUGGGGAUUCCGUAUGACUGCUCGAUAUGAAAUGUAUUCUUAUUUACUUGCUCGUUAUGUGAAGCCAGAUUUUGAGCCCCAAGUCAUUUCUGAUCCCUUGCUGCGUGGGAGCACAUAAUACAUUGUGACAUUGCAUCUCAAUUUAAGUGCAGCGAGAGGGAACUCUUUCCUUCUUUUAGUUGUAUGCAUUGAACCAAAUUCCUACACCCCGGAAAACAAACACUUCGUCUUUGCCAACGAUUGUGCAUUUAUUAUAUCAUCAAGAUGCGGGAACUUGGCGUCU